UGAUAAAUGUGUGUAUAAUAGCUCUAUUGAUAACUUUUUUCGGAACUUUGCACAUAUAGUUACAUGAAAUGAAACCAGGGAGACUAAAGGACGGACUUCAUCUUCAAGUCAAGCUGGAAAAUUAUGAAUUUAUAUCUUUGGGUGUGAGAGCUGGAUUCCAACCGUCUUUUUCGUCGCUGAAAGCUAACGGAAACCGUUACCUUUAAUGAGGAAUAAAGUGGCGGUUGAAUAUUAAGUUACAGGUUUUAUGAUUAGAAUAGAUGUGAGACAUAUUUUCAUUGCUGUUCAGCCUUUUUUGAGGCCUGGGGAUGGGAACUAUCGCUCUCUUUCACCAAGCUUUCCCUUCCAUCAGGUGUCGCUCCAGCUCCAUUUUAGCCAUGUAACGUUAAGCUAGCUAGCUCUGCCCCACCGGCUCCUAGGAUUCCUGUGGCGGAGGUUCCUGGCGUGGCCGGUAGAGAGGGAUGGAAGACAGCCACUGCAGGGAGAAUCGAGAAACCUGAGCAGAGGAGGACGAGAAACGUAUACACACUCUCACAAGGAGGUAGAGACCGCAAAGCCUCGGACAGUAGCGGCCAUUGCGGCUGGGAAGCAUGUUGGGAGCUUGGGCGGCUCGCCUCAGAUCCACAGGACGCCGACACAGCCGGAGAUAGGAAGCCCAAGUCCGGAUACGGUUUCGCCUGGAGCUCCGCCGAUUUGGGGUCGGAAACGGACACACCGCCCUCCUCUACGGACACUCAUCUGGAGUGUGUAGGAUAUCCUCUCUCCCUCACACAUUCACAGGAGGCAGAAAAAGCACCAGUCACCGGUGGAAACCGAUAUCCAAGGAGGGACUGGUCGGAGACAACACACUGAGCGAUGCGACUGUGUGUUCCUGCACACACAUAUACCCAGACGGCGAUUAUGGAUAGAUAGCGUUUAUGUAACCUUCAUUCAGAUAGACACAGGCACAUUAAACGUCCUUUACUGUCAAAAUACGCGCUUACUCGAGGCUUUUGUUGUCCUUUUUAUUCUCUUAAGUAUCCCUAAGGAUUAUCUAACCCUGCUUGGAAGUGAGCUGCUGGGCUUUUCACUGUGCGCCAAUGCAUCAUAUCCACUAGUUUCAAGCAGGCUGGUGUUGAAAGGACGCGGACAAGAAGAAGAAGCCGGAGCUGGAGGCUUGACUUGCAGCAGCAGACCGGGUCACUGCGGUAGCCUGCUGGCCGACCCCUAGGACUCUCCAGUGGGGUUAUAGAGCCACCAUGGCCGGGUUUAUACCGGGUCUGCUGCCGACAAACCAUUCCCAGGAGAAGGAAUUCGCCCAGGCGUAUGAAGAUGUCCUGGAGAGAUAUAAAGAUGAGCGGGACAGAGUACAGAAGAAAACCUUCACAAAAUGGGUCAACAAACAUCUCAUCAAGGUGAGGAAACACAUCACAGACCUGUAUGAGGACCUGCGGGAUGGACACAACCUCAUCUCCCUGCUGGAGGUCCUCUCUGGCGUCACCUUGCAACAGAAGAGCGGCCCUUCAUUGAAAAGGGCAUACGCUUCGCGGGCCCCCCCUCUCAUCUUGCUCGAAGGGGGUGAUGAGGAGGAGGAAGGAGCUCAGGGACCCAGAGAAAAGGGCCGAAUGAGAUUUCAUCGACUACAGAAUGUCCAAAUAGCGCUGGACUUCCUCAAACAGAGACAGGUCAAACUGGUGAACAUCAGGAAUGAUGACAUCACAGAUGGGAACCCCAAACUGACAUUAGGUCUCAUCUGGACCAUCAUCCUUCACUUUCAGAUCUCAGAGAUCUAUGUGAGUGGCGAGUCAGGCGACCUCACAGCCAAAGAGAAGCUGUUAAUAUGGAGCCAGCAGGCGACAGAAGGCUACCCCGGCCUCCGCUGCGUCAACUUCACCUCAUCCUGGAGCGAUGGACGCAUGUUCAAUGCUCUGCUGCACAGAUACAGGCCAGACCUGAUCGACAUGGGAGUGGUGUCACGGCAGAGUAACCGGGAAAACCUCGAGCAGGCCUUCGAGAUCGCUGAGUCGCUAGGGGUGACCAGACUGUUGGACGCUGAGGAUGUUGAUGUCCCGUCCCCAGACGAGAAGUCAGUCAUCACCUACGUCUCUUCUAUCUAUGAUGCCUUCCCUAAAAUCCCUGAGGGAGGAGAGGGCGUCUCUGCAAAUGAGGUGGACCAGCGCUGGUCUGAGUAUCAGUCAAGGUUCUCUUCUCUGCUCCAGUGGAGCCGCCAGCAUACAGCCCUUAUGGCUAACAAGAACUUCCCACAAAACCCUGUGGAACUCAAGGCACUUUACAACGAGUACGUCCAUUUCAAAGAGACAGAGAUCCCGUCAAAAGAGCUGGAAAAAGGUCACAUUGAACACCUCUACAAAUUACUGGAGGUGUGGAUAGAGUUCGGUCGUAUUAAGCUUCCUCAGGGCCUCCACCCCAACGACCUCGAGGAGGAGUGGGGAAAACUCAUUCUGGAGAUGCUGGAGAGAGAGAAGGCUCUACGGCCGGCUGUGGAAAGGUUAGAAAAGCUGCUUCAAAGAGCCAACAAGAUUCAAAACAUGGCUCUGGAUUGUGAGGAGAAGCUCACCCUUGCUAAGAACACACUCCAGGCUGAUAUGUCUCGAGUGGAGAGCGGUGAGGCAGUGCAGUGUGAGAGAGAACUGGCGUGCUACCUGCAGGACUGCGAGUCUCUCAUUAGACAACUGAACCAGGAGCUUAAGGUCCUCCGAGAUGAGAAAUACUACCAGGUUGAACAGCUGGCAUUCAGAAUUUCCUGCCUUCAAGAGGAGCUGGUCUCCCUCAGACUGCAGUGCUCCAGCCUCUACAGAAAAGGGCACUUUACUCAGGCACUGGGCACCAUGGGGGCAGAACACACCAGCCACAGAUCCACAGACAGUGGCCUCUCACUGGGGCAGACGCUGCUGGGAGCUGUGGGCGCAGUGGGAGCCGUUGGUGCCGCGCUGCUGAGGCGACCCAUGGCUCGCUCCCAGCUGGUAGCCAUGUCUUCAUCAGAAGAUGAAGGAAGCCUGAGGUUCAUCUAUGAGCUGCUUGGCUGGGUGGAGGAGACACAGGAGCUUUUGGAGCGUGCUGAAUGGGGUGCAGACCUUCCCUCAGUAGAAAACAACCUACAAGAGCACAACAGGAUCCACACUGCAGUAGAGGAGCUGAUGAGCAGCCUUCAGGAAGCACGCAGCUAUGAAGCUAAAGUCACUCCAAACUUUAAGAGCAGUUACUCUGAAACCCUGGCCAAGCUGGAGCAUCAAUACUGCAAACUACUGGAACAUUCGUCAUGGCGCCUGCGGAGCUUGGAGAGCCUGCAUGCAUUUGUGUCCCACUGCACCGAGGAGCUGAUUUGGCUCAAUGAGAGGGAGGAGGAGGAGAUCGCCUUUGACUGGAGCGACAACAACCCCAACAUGAACGCCAAGAGAGAAUUAUACAGCGAAAUGAGGAUAGAACUGGAUGAAAAACAAGAAGUGAUGCGGUCACUCCAGGAAACAGCGAAUCGUCUGUGUCAGGAGAACCAUCCCGCCAAACAGACCGUGGAGGCCUACAGUGCAGCCCUGCAGACUCAAUGGCAGUGGGUAGACCAGCUUUGUGUUUGUGUGGAGCAGCAUCUCAAAGAUAACACCGCAUACUUCCAGUUUACAAGCGAUGCCCGGGACUGUGAGUCGUACCUGCGUCAGCUUCAAGAAACCAUCAAGAGACAGUACACCUGUGACAAGAACAGCAGACUGAGCAAACUGGAAGACCUGCUCCAGGACUCAAUGGAGGAGAAGGAGCAGCUGAUUGAGUAUAAGAGCACCGUAGCAAGCCUGGUGGGCCGGGCAAAGACAGUGGUGCAGCUUCGCCCCCGCAGUGCAGAGUGCACCCUGGGAGUAACAACACCCAUCAAAGCCAUCUGUGACUACAGACAGAUAGAGACAAACGUUCAGAUCACAAUAAGCAGAGGUGAGGAGUGCGUGCUGGAGGAUAACUCUCAGAGGACAAAGUGGAAGGUGAUCAGUCCUUCAGGGAAUGAGGCCAUGGUUCCCUCAGUGUGUUUCACCAUCCCACCCCCAAACCAGGAAGCCAUCGACACAGCCAGCAGAGCGGAGCAGUUAUACCAGAAGGUCAUGUCUCUGUGGCAUCAGCUGCAUGUCAACAUGAAGAGCGUCGUUUCAUGGCACUAUCUGCUUAAAGACAUCAGGACUGUUGCUGGGUGGAACUUGGAAACAGUUCGCUGUCAGUCUCCAUCAGAGCGGCAGCAGGUCCUAGACCAUCUCGAGUCUCAGCUGGCCGACUUCCUCUCUGAUAGUAAAGAGAGUUCUCUGUUCACGCCGAGUGAAAGACGUGAGCUGGAGAGGGAUGUUCAGGCAGCCCAACAGCACUGCCAAGAUCUGCUGCACAAUAUGGAGACAGUGGAGAAGGAUGAGUCAGUAUCUCGAUCGUAUUUGUCAGAGCUACAGAACAUCAGCCUCCGUCUGAAUGAAACAGAGCAGAGACUGAUGAGGGGGAUUCAGACUCCGCCUCCUAGCCGGCUGUCAGGUGACAGUGCUGACUACGCAGUCCAGGUUGCAGAGCAAGAGAAGCUGCAGUCAGAGCUGGAUGGCCUGCGCUCCAGUUUGGGUGAUGUAUCUCGCCGCUGUGUCAUUUUCUUCGAGGAGAAGCCGACAUCCUCCAGCGUUCCCGUCCUCAGAUCUGAACUCAAUCAUGCUGUAGAGAAGACAGACAAACUUCACAACCUCUCAUCUGUUUACCUGGAAAAAUUAAAAACAGUAGACAUCCUGAUACGUAGCCUUGAUGACGCUGAGAGCCAGGUCAGAAAGUACGAGAGCAGAUUAAGUGAAGAAGACACUGUUACUGCUGACACAACAGCCAUUAAAAACCUCAGAGAUCAGCUAGGGAAGUGGCAGGCUGAGCUUGCAGAACAAGAGGGUAUCUUUAAGUCUCUGCAGUCUGAGGUGAGUCGAGCCAAAGAGGCGGGAUCUCGGCUCAGCAAGCUGCACCCAGACCGCAGCCCUGAGCUGGAGCGAUACCAGGAGAAAGCCAAUCAGAUGACAGAGAGGUGGAGCGGCAUCAAGCGACAAAUAGAGACACGACGAAGUGAUCUAGAAGUUUUGGGCUCAGCCCUGCAGCAGUACAGAGAUGGGCACUCUGCUCUGAUAAAGUGGAUCGAAGAAACAACGGAAAGACAAGAGAACACACAUCCUGGACAAACAGACAGCAAAGCAUUGUCUGAACAACUGGCCCAGCAGACAGCACUAGUAGCUGAGAUUGAACAGAACCAGACCAAACUAGACGAGUGCCAGACACACUCCAAACAGUACUGUACCUCAGUGAAAGAUUAUGAACUUCAGCUCAUGACCUACAGAGCCUUUGUAGAAUCCACGCACAAGUCCCCUGUCAAGAGGAGGAGGAUGCACUCUUCGUCUGACGCCAUCACUCAGGAGUUCAUGGACUUGCGCACACGCUACACAGCCUUGGUUACCUUGACAACCCAGCAUGUGAAGUACAUCAGUGAUGCACUGAGAAGACUAGAAGAAGAGGAGAAAGAGGUCGAGGAGGAGAAGCAGGCUAGAGUUGGACAAGUUUCAGAUCUGCUUGGCUGGGUCAAAGGCCUGCAGCGACGGACGGGUGGCCCCAACGCAGAGUCUUCACUUGCUGCUCAACAAGCCAUAAGUGAACAACUUGCAGCCAAGAAAGAUGAAGUGGCUGAAGCCAUAAGGAACACACAAGUUUUCCUGCAUUCAAAGCAAGCCAGCAAGUUGUCCCAAGAGGAGCGAGCUCAUGUGGAAGCUCAGCUGGACGAACUUACAGCCACCUACAACCAGCUGUGUGAUAGCUCCACACAACAGCUGCAACAGCUGGAGCAGCAACUGGCCAAAGAGGAGGAAAGAAAGAAACAAUUUGCCAUUGCUGGAGUAAUCGACUUGGGAACCGUGGAAACAUUCCCAGUCUUCCAGGCAGCCCAACGUGGUCUUAUUGACCAGGACACCUGCCGUGUAAUAUUGGAGGCCCAGAUCAUUAAUGGUGGGCUCUUCCAGCCUGACUCUCCACUAAAACUUUCAUUAGAACAAGGCUUAUCUCAGGGCCUGAUUGACAGCCAUACCAUGGACACUCUGUCUGAGCUUGAAAAUGCUCUGCUUUUGGUUGAAAAUACCAAGUGUGCCAAUGCACAACUGCAAAAUGUGUUGCCAAUAGCCACAGCGAUGGAGUUUGGUCUCAUCGGGAAAGAGAUCGGACUUCGUAUGCUAGAACUCCAAAUGAACACAGGAGGUCUGAGAGACUACAUUGGAAAAUCACUGAGUUUGGAGCAAGCAGAAGACAUGAAGCUUUUGACACCCAGCGACCUCACCAAACUCCAGUCAAGGCUACAACAUAGAGAGUUGAUUGAUCCAAACACAGCUGAAAAACUAAACCUACAUGAGCUGCAACAGCGCUGUGUUCUCAGCGAUGACUCGGGUCUCCUUCUCUUUCCUGUCAAACAGCAACCUGGAGGAACUGUCUGCCUCAAAUCUGGAAGAAAAGUUGGCAUCUUCCGCGCAGUCCAGGAAGGCCUGAUUGAUCGAAAAGUUACUGUACGACUUCUUGAAGCUCAGCUCUUUGCUGGUGGAAUUGCUGACCCAAGGUCCAGCCACAGACUAACAAUAGAUGAGGCUGUUCGUCAUGGGCUUAUGGACCAGGAUCUAGCCUGUGCGAUGUUUGCGCGACAGCUGCAAAGUGGAGGAAUUAUUGACCCUUUCAGUGGAGAACGUCUAGAUUUGGAAGAAAGUAUACACAGAGAUCUUCUCUCCUCUCGUUUGGCUGUAUUGGUCCUUGAGUCUCUUUUGGCCUUUAUGGGAGUACUCUGGCCUGAGACCGGAGAACUCCUUCCCAUUGCUGAAGCUGUUCAACAAGGUGUGAUCUCAGGGGAGCUUUCCAGAAACAUCCUGAGACAACGACGUGCCAUAGGGGCUCUAUACAAUCCAGAAACCCUGCAGGUGCUGCCCUUAAAUCAGUCUGCUGAGGAAGCUCUUGAACCCAGUUUAGUCAGUUUUCUCAAAAACAUCCACAUUCCAGAUGUUCUGUCUACCAUAAACCAAUCAGGUACUCCAUCUCUUAAUCGUUUGAGCUGGAGUUCCACCAGCUCCUCUCCCCCUCCAUCGUCUCCUCAGACUUCUUCAUCUCCUGAAGGCACUACUUGGGAAGUAACACCAACACAUGGAAUGGACCCUGAAGAACAAGCAAAACAAAACCUGCUGUUUCACCUCAUGACUCACAGCUAUGUGGAUGUUCAUUCUGGUAAAAGGUUGGUGCUGCUGGACUCUGAGUUGGUGGAGUUAGUUAAAACUGUUGAACUCUUUCCUGCAAACUUUUUCAAUGGAAGUCAAGUUGAGCCACAAGGCAGCCUUUCUGUAGAUAAGGAGGGGAAAUUGGAAAAGGUGGGAGAGUUUAGUCUGACAGAAAAAAGGGCCAGUAGUAAACAAACUGAGGUUGAAGAGGAUAGCCCUGAUGUAGUAGCACCAAGCAAAGAAUUUGACUUACAUAGUACAGGAAGUCAGAAAGAAAGUGAAGUAAAGGUCAACAACUCACAGCAAAACCCAUCAGCAGUUGUACAGAGCGAUGUUGCCUUUGCAACCAAGAGUGCAAACAGCAUAGAUAUUAAUGCAGAAGUAAAUAUCCCAAAGAAAGAGGUUCUAGAAACAUCUAAAACCCUUGAAAAGAAACUGACAAAGGGCCAGGAUGAGCUGAUGUCAGAUGAAUCCAAGGCUAGGGAUAAUAAUGUUCUGGAGACUACUAGUAGUACAGUCACAACAGAGGUUAGACAUACUGUUACAGAACCACUCAAAUCAGAAGAACCCAUCUCACUGGGAGCAAAAAUAAAUGAAGUUGUAAUUUCUAAACAAUCUAAGGAUGCAGUGGAUACACAGCAAUACCAACAGGAAUCUGAAAGGAUCAAACAAAAUGUGUCUGUAACAGAUAUUGAAUCAAAGAAUGCUAAACCUAAAAUAGACAGUUUUGAAACAGCAGUUAAAAAGUAUGAGGAGGAUGCUGAGAUGACAAGGCUUGUCUCAGAACUAAAACAAGGAGGUCUGAUGACAGCAGAAGGGGAAAGGUUGCUCCCAGACGAGGCAGUGGCUCAGGGUGUUCUCCCUGGUCACACAGCAGUUAAACUGAUGGCUCAGGCUGGCCUGUUUGGAGGUUUCCUAGAUGCAAGAAGCAGAGAGUCGCUCAGUAUGGAGGAUGUUAUGCAGGAGGGUCUGAUGGAUGAAGACCUAAUGUGGAGUGUCCUGAAGUCGGACAAAACCCUGUCAGGGGUUGUAGAUGUGGAGAAAAGGCAAAUCUGUGGGGUGAGGGAAGCAGCUCAGGCAGGGUUGAUUGAUCCUGGCACUGCAACUCGGCUUCUAGAAGCUCAGGUGGUGUCUGGGGGGAUUGUGGAUGUACGUAGGGAUAAGAAAGUCUCUGUCACUCUAGCAGCAAACCUAGGACUGAUAGAAGAGGAGCAAAGAGAGGAUUUGUUAGCACUGGAGAAGGCAUUCAAAGGAAAGGAAGUAGAUUCAGAAACAGCCCUCACCAAAGUUAGCUUACAGCUACAGAUGGAGGGGGUUAUCAACCCAGAGUCCAGAACUCCAGUUCCUCUUGAACAAGCAAUUCAGAAAGGGCUCAUUACACGUAAUGAGGCCUGCCAGGUAUUGGAAAAACAGGUGGCAGAGGGUGGUAUAAUCCAUCAUGCUUCAGGAAUUAGGCUGUCAGUUUCUGAUGCUAUAGAUAGAGGACUUGUGGAUCGGUCCAUUGCUCCUGGGCUAGAAGAACUGGAAUGGGUUUACCAAGGGAAGGUCAGUCCCUCAUCUCACCCAAAAGCUGUUAUCUUCCAGGCAAUGUCUGGAACCAUUUUAGACCCCAAUACUGGAGAUAAACUAACACUGACGGAAGCGGUUUCCAAGGGUCUACUGGAUGUGGAUACUGCUAAUAAAGCCAUGGCUUCUUCUAAUGUAACACAAGGAGUGAUUGACCCCCAGACUGCACGUAUUGUGCCUUAUUCAGAGCUUGUUAACCAGGGUAAAAUAGAUAUAGAAACUGGUCAACGCUUCUUAGAAGUGAAACCCUUCAGAGGUGUUCGGGACAAGCAAGAAAGUGACAGCUUGACCCUUCUUGAGGGAGUUGUUUCAAAGCAAGUUGACCCAGUUCCAGCAUUGCGGCUGCUCCAAAGCCAGGCAGACAGUGGAGGCAUCAUUGAUAUCAGCUCUGGAGAAAAGCUCCCCCUACUUGAAGCCUGUGAAAGAGGUUUAGUUGGGGAUGACAUGGUCAGGGUGAUAGCCAUCGAUCAGUUUUUGAAAGGAGGCUUAGUUGAUCCCAAAACUGGACAGCGAGUCCCUAGUCUUGAUGAUGCUGUUGCAGAAGGGCUCAUCUCAAGUGAAAUAGCUUCAGAGAUUCAGGAGAAGUUGCCAACUCUGGAGAUAGAGUGUGAUGAAGGUAGCACUACACCUGUAGCCUCGUCUUGUGGUACAUUCAGCCCUGCUGUGUCAGUGUCAGUGUCAAGUCCAGACAGUGCAGUAGAGGCACCAUCAGCAUCUCCAGUCACAAAUAAAGACUCUGAUGUUAGACUGAAUGUUGAAAAGACAUGGACAUUUGCAUCAGUGACUUCUGACCCCACUGUAUUAGAGGAGAGAAUAGAACCCCCUGUGUUUGUGGAAGAUCAGACUGUAACAGAACCAGAUCUUUCCCUAGACCUCUUGUGUAAGUUUGCCACUAAUGUGGAGAAAAGGAUCCAGGAUGCCAUACACGAAAUAACACCAGACAAAGAGGUCAAUAAAUCAAAGGCCCUUCAUAAACAGGAGCUUGAUGACAGGCAGCAAGUGGGUGUUGGUCAGUCUGAUGAUAAACAAAAGGUGAACGUUCUCAGAGAUUCUGUGAAUGAACCCAACCAAACACAAGCAAGUGAUGUGGACAAAGAUUCAGUCAAGGUCAGUCAAGAAGCCAAAUUCUUAAUCUCAGAUGGGGAACCUGUGAAGGUUGAGGAAAAAGACAGAAGACCCAGUGGUAAAGGCACUCCAGUGGAAGUUUCUGGAGAAGUUUUUGAGUCCACUAAGAUUAGAGAUAUGCAAGUAAGCAAGGCAAGCUUUGACAUGUCAAAACUAAGCAAAGAGGAAUGUAGAAAGAGUGAUAUUGAAGCACAGAGAGAUGAUGUAAUUAAAAAAGGCCAAAGAGUGGAGAAAGAGAAGCCUUUAAAGAUGGAGUUACAACUCAGCACUGAUCUUGAGCAGUCUGAACAGUCAUUGAUCUCUGCAGCUAAAGAGACAGAAAGCAAACACAAAAAGAAGAAGAGGAAUAAAAAGAACGGCAAGGAGAAAGAAGCAGAGAUUGAAACAUCCUGGCUAGAGAAAACAGACCCAACUCAAACUGAUCAAGGUAGGGCACCUAUUGAUGGCCACCUUGAGGCUAUUGUAACAGUAACAGAGGAACAAAUCCGCACUCAUGAUAAGGCUGCUUUUAUAACACCUCUGAAUGAAAACCGUGAAGCAAAGAUUGAUUUGAAAAUUGAGUUUAAAAAGGAUUUGAUUAAACAGAAACAGAAAACAUACUCAGCCAGCCUUGAAUUUGCAGAGAAGAACAUUGAACAGGAUAAAGAUGGGAUUAAAAAAUCAUCAUCAAAGGUUGGAGAAAUAGUUGAAAAGAGAGAGAAAUCUGAGGACGAGGUUUCUGUCUCUCAGCAUCCAGAUGAAUUGGAGACUAAAGAAAGGAUACAAAAAAGGAAGGAGCAAGAGUUGCCUCAGAAAUCUAACCUACCAGACAUUGAGAAAGCAGCCUUAAUACUGAAAGCAAAGGAGAGCAUUCUUAAGAAAGUCUUUGAAGAAGGUGUGAGUGAGAAACAGGCAGCUGAGGAGCUGCAGGCACUACGCAAAGGGAUGGGGAAGAAGGAGAGUCAAGGUGCAACAGGUGUAAAGGCAACAGCUCUGCCAGCUAAGACUGAUGAAAUAGGGGUAUAUGAAGUCAAAGAUGAUGGUGGGAAGAGACCUGAAGGUUUACCAAAAGACAGCAGAGAAGAAAUGAGUACAAGAGUCAAAGAUGAUGUGAUUGCAGAGAAGCUUUCUGUGAAGGGGACAAAGACAAAAGUGUUGGAGACAUCCUCAAAUGAAAUGGAAAGGGAGAGGAAUAUUGGACAGGAAAACAAACAGAAUGAAAAUAAGACAGCUCCAUUAGUCCAGCCGUCUAUGACAGAGGACACCAAGACAGAACUGUUAGAUACCUCUUUGAAUGAGAGGGAAAAGGAAAGCUGGUUUGGUAGGGAAAAUACUGAGAAAACUACCAAUGAACUGCAGCAAGAAGAGAAGUUUUCUCUUAUGGUGGGCACUGAGACCAAACCAUUUGAGGCUUCUUCAAAUGAGAGAGAAAAGGAGAAGAGGUUUGGCGAGGACAACGGUAAUAAAGUUUACAAAAAAACUCAACAAGGCAAGAAGCUUUCUGUAAAGGAGGACAAGAGCAGACCAAAUGAGAGAGAAAAAGACAAACAGAAAGAUAGUGAGAUGGCUCCAUCAGUGCAGCCCAAAGAAACUCAGCUAGGUAAGAAGCUUUCUGUAAAGGUGGACACCAAGACAAAACCAUUUGUGAGUUUAGGACAGGAAAACAAACAUAAAGAAAAUAAGACUACUUCAUCGGUCAAGCCUAAAGAAAUUCAGCAAGGCAAUGAGAUUUCUGUGACAGAGGAUACCAAAACAAACCUCUUAGAGACUUCUUCAGAUGAGAGAGAAAAUGAGAGUUUUGGUGAGAAAGACAAACAGAAUGAAAAUGAGACCACUCCAUCAAUGCAGCCUGAAGAAAAUCAGCAAGGAGAGAAGCUUUCUGUAAAAGGCACCAAGACAAAAGUGCUAAAGACCUCUUUGAAAGAGAGAGAAAAGCAGAGGAGUUUUGGAAAGGGAGAUGGACAGAAAGAACAUGAGACAGCUCCAUCAAUCAAGCCUAAAGAAAUACAGCAAGGUGAGAAGCUUUCUGUAAAGGAGGACACCAAGAACAAAUCAUUUGAGACUUCUUCAAAUGAGAGACAAAAGGAGAGGAGGUUUGGACAGGAAAACAGUGAGGAAACUUCCAAAGAAAGUAAGAAAGACGAAAAGUUUUCUGUCAUUAUGGCCACUGAGACCAGAUUAUUUGAGACUUCCCCUAAUGAGAGAGAAAAGAGGAGGACGUUUGGACAGGAAGACAAAAAGAAUGAACAUGAGACAGCUCCAUUAAUGCACCUCAAAGAAACUCAGCAAGGCAAGAAGCUUUCUGUAAAGGAGGACACCAAGGCCAAACCAUUUGAGAGUUCAUCAAAAGAGAGAGAAAAGGAGAGGAGGUUUGGAGAGAAAGACAUACAGAAAGACAAUGAGACAACUCAAUCAAUUCUGCCUAAAGAAACCCAGGAAGGUGAGAAGCUUUCUGCGGAAGAGGACACCAAGACUAAACCAUUUGAGAUGUCCUCUAAUGAGAGAGAAAAGGAGAGGAGUUUCGGAGAGAAAGACAAACAGAAAGACAGUGAAACAGUUUCAUCAAUGCAGCCUAAAGAAACACAGCAAACUAAAAGAAAUAAGAAGAACAAAAAGGCUAAGAGUUUAAAAGUGACUGACAAAGCUCAGCCAGAAACUGAAAACUUACCGGUUGCUGUAGAAGUGGAUUCUGAAGUGAUAUUAACAAAAACUACCACAAAAUGUACAAAUGCAACACCAGGUCUGGAUAACUCGGCUUUUAUUGAACAGACAGAGGACAUACAGACUGAUAAACAGUCACCUAGUGAGAUAAUUAGACCAGCUGUGGAUGAAAAAUCAAUUGAUUUUGAGUCGUCCAUAACUAAAGAUAAAGUGUCUGAGGCAGGUCAACAAUGUCUGUCAGUAUUACACCAGACAGAAGAACCAGAAUCUAACAUUAAAAAACAAACCAACCAAACAGGCACCACAUCUAAUGGCAAACAGACAUCAGACAUCAGAAAUGCUGGCGAGUUUGCUGACUUUGCUCAAAAUGCUGUCUCACGUAAAGAAGACAUCCAACCUACAGCUCAGUCUGUUUCCUCUGCAACACAACCAACUAAAGCAGCAAGGAAAAGUAGAAAGAAGAAAGGACGACAGCCAUCUGAAGCUGUUAGAGACAAUGUCCCUGAAUCGAAAGAAGAACUCAAGCAAAAUAAUGAGCCCAUAGAAACAGUUGAAGAGGAUUCAACUGAGUCUGAAUCACACAGAGUGUCUGGAUCUGAUGUAGCAACUGAAAGUGGGGAAGAGAGAGACGAUGUUCCCAAAGAGAGUCCAGAAAUUGUGUCAUUUAAAGAACUGACAACAUCCAAGACUGGCAAGUCAUCCCUAGUGCGCCAGGAAUGCCUGGAGCAUGACCAGCGAAUUGUUGCUCUCGUCUCCAUGGUAAGACAUAUUGAGGUCCGACUCAAACAGCAACAACAGCAGUCUGUUGGUCGCAGUCUCAUCGCCUUGGAUGACAUCAUCAGACAGACUGAGACUCUGGACCUUGAAUUGCUUGACUUGGAGCCUGCAAUCAACAAGGAAGUGGAGGCUGCUGAGCAGCUGCUGCAACCCCAACCUAAAGAUGUUCCUCAACAGCUCAUUCUGGCUUUGGAAAAGGACACACAAAGCUUGGCUCGAGGGUAUGAGGCUGCCAGAGCCCUGUCUGAGGGUAUUCUGCAGGACUUGCAAGACCACAGAAACUCAUACAAGGAGGCAAUAACAGCUGAGCACAGGACACUGGGAGGACAAGUGGAGAGUCUGCUCUCAUGGCUGAAGGACACAGAGGCUCAAAUGAGUGGAGGAAUGGCCGGGAUGGAAAAAAUGGAGAAAGCAAAGAAACAUGAAAAUGAGGAUCAAUUCACUCAGCAGCUGAAACUUUGCAAGGAGCUGCAGGCCUCUCUGAUGGCUCGCUCUAAUGAGGUCAACAGCACAGCCUUUGACAUUCAAGUGUUCAUCUCAGAGCGGGCUCAGGAUUUGGCCCCUGAGCAGAGCAGACAGCUGCUCGGACACCUCCAGCAGCUCCAGAGGGCCUUCCACCAAGCAUCAGGCCGAGCCCAGGCCUGGGCGGAUGCCCUCUCUGCCCAGAGAGAGAGGGAGGAGGAGUGGCAGCGCAGGGAGAGGGAGAAAGACCUGGAGCAGGAGAGGGAGAGGCGGAGUGCGAGGGAGAGAGAGGUUGUUCAACAGCAGAAGGCUGAGUGCUCUCAGAAACUAGAAGGCCUUUCCUUGUGGUUGGCGGGAGCUGCUAGCCUGCUGGCCAGUCAAAAGGCUGGAGGAGAGUCAGGUGAUGUAAACGCCUUGCAGGAGAAACAGAAAAAACUAAAGGAAGUACAGAAGGACCUCCAGACCAAACAGGAGGGCAUUUCUGAGGCUAUCAGAUCUGUGGAAGAGCUUCUAGCAGAGGGAGGAGAAAGUCUAAGCCCAGAGGAGAAGAAGAACCUCCAGGAGUCACUAACAAAGAUGAAGGAGCAGUACAGUGCCCUCACAGAGACAGCAAACACGUCACUGUCAGAGGUGGACACUGCCAUUAGCACAACCCUACAGCAGAACACAGAAAGGGCGAAGGCGGAGGAGGAGCUCCAGGAGACCCAAGGCCAGAUAGACUCUCUGCUCAAUCAGUUGACCUCCUUAAACCAACCAGGGGUGAGAGGAGCUGGACCUGGAGAGAGCAAAGACGUUACUGAUGUGGCAUUUAAACACCCAGAGGGCGCUGUGACAUCGCACACAGAGAUGCUGCAGGGUGAGCUUCAGCAGCUCCAGUCCCAACAGGCUCAGCUUCUUCAGAUCACACAGUCGACUCGGGCUCUCCUGGACCAACCGGACUCAACUGUUCCUCCUGAGGAGAAGCAGCGACUCAGAGCUGCCCUGGAUCAGCUGCAGGCUCAGCACCAGGACAGACUGCAGAGCUGCCAGGAUCGCCUGAGGAAGUCUGAGGCUCUGAAGGAUGAGCUGACUAAGUUCCUUCAGGAACAUGGCAGUCUUGGUACCUGGCUGGAGCAAAGUGAACAGGAGCUGCGGUCACUUGGGGAAGGAGAAACUGAUGCACAAGGACUGAAGGGCAGGCUAGAGGAGCACAGAAAGCUUGCUGAGGACGUCAUUUGCCACAAGGCAGACCUGCGCUUCGUCUCCAUUUCGGGUCAGAAGGUUCUGGAUUCUGUUCAAGGAGCUCUUGAGCAAGUGGGAGGUUCAGAUCAAGCUCUGGACGGCACCAAGCAGCUGGUAACAGACAAGCUGCAUGAUGCUAACCACAGAUACACAACCCUUCAUACUAAGUCAACAGAGCUGGGUGGCCGUUUGUCAGGCCUGUUGGAGAGAUACCAGCAGUACCAGGAUGAAGUUGUCUCCCUUCACUCUUGGCUCAGCAGUCAGGAGCAGAACCAAAGCAUCUCCAAGCCCAGUGGAGAGACAGACCCCCAGAACCUGCAGAAUACACUACGACAAGUACAGUUGCUCCAGGACGAGCUGGCUGAGCGUUCAGUACAGCUGGAGAAGGUGAAGAGAGCAGGAAGAGAUCUGGUCAGCACAGAUGAGUCUCCUUCCCUGAAAGCUGUUGACAUUCUCUGUGCUGCAGAUGGCUUAGAGAAAAGAUUUGGUUCCCUCUCUGCAUCUGUGUCAGAGCGAGCUGAGCAGCUGCAGACAGCUGUGGCUCAGUCAGUCAGCGUCCAGGAGGGUCUGAAGGGUCUGCUGAGCUGGCUGGACAAACUGGUUUUGAAUCCCGGACUGGUCGCCCCCACAGCGCAGGCUGUGCAAGACGCCCUGACCCAGAACCAGAAACUUCGUCAGGAGCUGCUCUCCAGGCAGGGCAGCGUAGAUGCCACACGGGACUCUAUCUCCAAACUCCUUCAGAGCUCUGAUGCCUCCACAGCCUCUGGCCUCCAGGGCUCUUUAGAUGAACUGACUCGACGCUACGCUGCAGCACAGACAAACCAGGCUGAGAGGGAGGCUGACCUCAAAGGUCUGCUACCCAGACUAGAGAACUACGAGCGGCUAGGGAGCGACCUCCAGGUGUUCACCCAGAGCCGAUUGAAGGCUCUGAGCCCUGCGGGACAACCAGAGCGCAGCGUGGACGACUACAGACAGACUAUUGAGGAGGUCAAGUCCGAGCUGGAACAGGAAGCUGGCCAAGUGAAAUCCUUCUGCAACCUUGGUACUGAUCUCUGCCAAUCAAAAGCUUUCAAUAGCACUCAAAGCUUACUGGAUAAUGUCAAAAAGGUGUCUGAUGAGUUUACCCAGCUGCAAGCAAAUGUCAAUGACAGGUUUGCAGCUAUCCAGGCCUGUGAGCAGCAGCUGCAUGGUUUCCGCGGCCUCUCCGGAUCUCUUCUCAGGUGGCUCCAGACUGCACAGGACCAGCUGCCACCCAAAGAGGCAAACCUCAACACAGAGAGUCUGCAGAGAAGAGUCCAGCAGCUCAAAGACUUGUUGAAUGACUGGGAGUCACAGGGAUCAAGGGUUCAGGAGCUGAAUAAGACAGGCUCGGAGCUGGAGUCCCUCAUUAUUGACAUCACUGCUCCUCAGACCAAAACUGGUGCUCCUCAAAUCAAUGGCUCAGCAGGUCCCAGCAGUGUCAAUGGCAUUCACACCUGUAAAGACCUGACAGAGCUCCAGGUUGUUGUGUCAGAUGUGAACAGUCGCUACGAAACGCUCAGUGGGGAACUGAAGGAGCGUCUCAGUCGACAGCAGGCCUCACUGGAGCUGAGACAGAAGGCCAGGCAGGGCAGUGAGGAUCUUAAGAUUUGGCUGACAGAUAGAGAGCAAAGUCUGAAACAGGGGCAGACCGCCUCCCCCUCCAGACCUGAGGUGGUACGAGCUCAGGCUCAGGAGAACAAGGCUUUGCUUUCAGAGCUGGCUGACCAUUCUGGGAAGGUAGAGGAGCUGAAGGGCACACUAAGGAAGCUGAUUGCUGACAAUCCUGAUUCUCCUGAAGCAGACACUUGGAGGCAGCAGCUACAGGAGAUAGACUCCCGCUGGCAGAAAGCCAAUCAGACAGCAGCCCAGAGGCAGACUGAGCUUGAGACGUGUGCCGAUAGGCUAGGCAGCUUUGCCUCGGCAGCCAAUCAGCUUGGCCCGUGGCUGAGGGAGAAGGAGCUGAUGAUGAGUGUCCUUGGACCGCUGAGCAUCGACCCCAACAUGCUCAACACACAGAAACAACAAGUACAGUUUAUGUUGCGCGAGUUUGAGACCAGGCGGCCACAGUUUGACCAGCUGACCCAGUCUGCUGAGGGGAUCCUCUCCCAGACUGGAGACUCUACCCAAGACCCCAAGGACCAGGCUGAGGUGCGUUCUGAGCUUGGCUCUGUCACCCAGCAGUGGGAGGACCUAACAAACCGACUGAAUCAGAGAUCAAACCACAUUGACCAGGCUCUGGGAACCAGCGAACGAUACCAGACGUUACUUAGAGAUCUCUCCUCCAGUGUUUCUGCUCUGAGUGAGAGGUUAGACGCUCAGGCCUCGCUGAGCGCCCAACCUGAGGCACUGAAACGUCGCCUGCAGGAGACCGGAGAGAUCCGCUCAGAGCUGGAACGACGGCGGACUGAGCUUGGCGAGGCUGAGAAGCUCUGCAAGGAGCUGAGCAACAUCGUAGCUGAACCAUACCUGAAAGAAGAGCUGAGUAAACGACUGGAGAGUGUCAGUGGGCCGCUGAAGAGCUUGGAGGAGCGAGCAGCUGAUGGCCUUUCCCAGCUUCAGACCGCCCUGUCGUCCACUCAGCAGUUCCAGCAGAUGUUUGAGGAGUUACGUUCCUGGCUUGACAAGCAGGCUGAUCCCAGAGAGUUAUCCAGCGAUUCCCUGCCCUGCCAGCCAUUAGCCAUCCGUUCCCUGCUGGCUCAGACCGAUGAGCUCCAGCGUGGGAUUGCCAGUCAGCGAGGUUCCUACGAGCUGAUUCAAGCUGAGGGGGCAUUGCUACUUGCCACUCUGCCCGCAGGUGGAGACGAGCGCUCUGCCCUGCAGUCUCGUCUGACUUCUCUGAAGCAGGAUUGGGAGCAUCUGAACCAAAGGAUCUCUGACCAAGAGGGCAGACUGAAGAGCACUUUGAGCAAAGCCGAAACCUACCAGCAGCACAAGGCUGAGCUGACCCCGUGGCUAGCUGAGUGUGAACAGAAAGAUGGAGAGAUUCAGCCAUCACUUGAGGCAUCAGCUUUGGAUGAAGCUUUGCAGAAGGCUCGCGGUCUGUCUCUGGACCUGGAAAGACGACAACCUCUCCUGGAGGCCUUCAAUACUGCUGCAGAUCAGCUGCUGGAACAAUGCUGCAUCGGGGAGGAUGAGGUUCGAGAUGAGAAGGCCCAGCUGAACCGCAGGGUGGACAGACUGGGAGAGAGGCUACAUAACCACACCUCACAGCUGGAGGAGCUGGCCAGCCGCUUGAAGGAGUUUGAUGAAGGCAGACAGGCUGUAGAGAGGAGGCUGGAGGCAGCCAAACACCAGAUUGAAGUCCAGGAGGCUCUGGGACCACAGGCCUGCAGUGCUAAGAGCCUGGAGCGCCUCAGAGGCCAACAGGAGAGUCUCAGGUCCUUGAAGCCUCAGGUGGUCUACCUUAGAGACCUGGCCCAGGGGCUGGUACAAGACUCACCGCAGACACCAGGAGGCAGCACUGAGGGGGCUCAGAGGCUGCAGGAGCAGGCCAAAGACACAGAGAGAGAAUAUGAUGGUGUGACUGACAAGAUCGAACAGUGCUGUUCAACUCUAGAGUCCCGGCUGCAGGGUGUUGGCGAGGUCCAAUCUCAUGUGCGGGACAUCUUCUCACGCCUAGCCGACCUCGAUGACGAGCUGGACUCUCUCAGCCCUGUUGGACGUGAUGCGGACUCCCUGGCCUCUCAAACUGAUGCCCUUAAAGGCUUUUUGUCCCGUCUGGCCAACCUCAGGACGGAGCUGGAAGGUCACGCAUCAGAGUGUACCUCCAUGCUGCGGCGAGAGGGCUCCUCUCCUGACCUCCUGGCUCUCAGGAGGGAGACAGAGGCUCUGAGUCGCCAGGCAGGCAAGCUAAGUGAGCGUGGCCAGGCCCGGUUGGAUCAGAUCGAGGACGCUGCUGAGAGGGUUAGAGAGUUCUACAGGUUGGUGGCUGAGCUGCAAGGCCUGCUGGGAAGAGCUGAAGAAGGGUUAAAUGCACAAAGCAUUGUGGGAACAGAGGUGGAGAUGAUCAAACAGCAGCUGCAGGAGUUUAAGGCUGUGGAACGAGAGCAGGUGGACAGCAUUCAACCGAAACUGCAGCACGUCAAUGCAGUCGGUCAGGGUCUGAUCCAGAGCGCCGCCAAACACACUGACACCCAGGCGCUCGAGCACGACCUAGAGACAACAAACCUCCGAUGGAACUCACUCAACAAGCGGGUGGCAGAGAGGAUCGCCCAGCUCCAGGAGGCCCUGUUGCAUUGUGGGAAAUUCCAGGAUGCUCUGGAGCCCCUGCUAAGCUGGCUGAGUGACACAGAGGAGCUGGUGGCCAAUCAGAAGCCUCCAUCUGCCGAGUACCGCGUGGUCAAGGCCCAGAUUCAAGAACAAAAGCUGCUCCAGAGGCUGUUAGAUGACCGCAGGCCUACGGUGGAGAUGAUCCGUGCCGAGGGAGAGAGGAUCGCAGCCACAGCGGAUACUCAGGACCGGGAAAAGAUUCAAACCCAGCUUCACAGGCUUGCUGAAAGAUGGACUGACCUGCUGGACAAGGCUAGUGGCAGGCAGAGGCAGUUGGAAGAGCUGCAGGUUUUGGCUCUCCAGUUUCACGAAGCUCUGGAGCCACUUGGAGAGUGGUUGAGUACUACCGAGAGACGUCUAAGCUCUGCAGAGCCCAUGGGAACCCAGACAGCCAAGAUCACCCAGCAGAUCACCAAGCACAAGGCGCUCCAAGAGGAAGUGUCUGCUCGUGAAGCCGAGGUUGACCACCUUGAGUCCCUCAGCCAAUCGCUUACCCCACUCAGCUGCAGUGCUGAUCGUGAUUGGUUAAGCGAGCGGGUGGGGGCGGUGAGGUCAGGUCACUCUGAGCUUACUGAAUGCUGCAGCAGGCGGGCAGGCCUGCUGGAGCAGGCACUGGCUAACGCUCAGCUGUUUGGGGAGGAGGAGGUAGAGGUGCUGAACUGGCUGGCUGAGGUGGCUCAGAGGCUCGCUCAGGUGUCCGUCCAGAGCUACCAGCCUCAGAUGCUGGCCGAGCAGCACAAAUACACUCUGUCUCUAAAUGAAGAGAUCAUAGGCAGGAAGAAGACAGUGGAUCAGGCCAUCAAGAAUGGACAAGCUUUACUCAAACAGACCACAGGUGAGGAAGUCCUCCUGAUCCAGGAGAAGCUGGACGGCAUCAAGUCUCGCUACGCUGAGAUGACGGCAGGCAGCAGCAAGGCCCUCCGCACCCUGGAGCAGGCUCUGCAGCUGGCCACACGAUUUGCCAGUGCCCAUGAUGACCUCAACCAGUGGCUAGACAGGGUGGAGGCGGAGCUCAACAACACUGAGCCUGAUGCAACACCAGCCUACCAGGAGAGACAGAAGGAGCUGAAGAAAGUUUCCGCAGAGAAGCGUCUGGUGUUGGACACGGUGAAUGAGGUUGGAAGCGCUCUCCUGGAUCUGGUGCCGUGGAGAGCUCGUGAGGGUCUGGACCGCCUGGUUGCUGAUGCCAACCAGCGAUACCGACAGGCCGAUGAAACCAUCACUCAGCGGGUUCAGCUGGUACAAGCUGCCAUCCAGAGGUCACAGCAGUAUGAGGAGGCGGUGGAUGCAGAGCUGGCCUGGGUUGGGGAGACAGAGCGUAAAUUGGCGUCUCUGGGGCCCCUGAGCCUGGAACCAGACGUGACGGUGGCCCAGCUGCAGGUACAGAGGGCAUUCAAUAUUGACAUCAUCAGACACAAAGACACUGUGGAUCAGCUCCUUGGCACCAGAGAUGACAUCCUGGAAACCUGCAGCGAUGCACAGAAGGAUGCACUGAUAGUAAAGACGGACUCUCUCAAUGCUCGUUAUGAUGCAGUGAGUCAGAGCCACAGUGAACGCUUCUCAGCCCUGGAGCAGGCCCAGGUUUUGGUCGCUAGGUUCUGGGAGACCUAUGAAGAACUUGACCCAUGGCUUGGUGAGACUGAAACCCUCAUCACCCAGCUGCCACCUCCAGCCAUCGACACAGACGCUCUCCGGCUACAACAGGACCAGAUGAGGCUGCUCAGGGAAUCAAUCGCAGAGCACAAACCCCAUAUUGACAAGCUGCUGAAGAUCGGACCCCAGCUGGCUGAGCUGAGCUUCCAGGACGGGGAGACAGUGACACAGCGCUACACCGGGGCUGAGAGACGCUACCUGGCCAUCAAAGAGGGAGUGAAAGGCCGUGCUGCAGCACUAGACGAGGCUGUGUCCCAGUCUUCACAGCUGGUAGAGUUUCAUGACAAGAUGGACCCCCUGUUGGAGACACUGGAGGGGGCGGUGCAGCGGCUGCGACAGCCUCCCUCAGUGGCAGCAGAGGUGGAGAAGAUCAGGGAGCAGCUGGCGGAGCACCGAGCCCAGGGGCUUGAGCUGGACAAGCUGCUGCCAAGCUUCUCGGCCCUUUGCGCCCGCGGAGAGGAGCUUAUCGGACGAGCUGCUCACGACGAUCCUGCUGCUCAGGCUGUUCGUUCCCGCCUCCUGCGCCUGCGCUCCCUGUGGGAUGAGAUCCGGCAACGAGCUGAGGAAAGGGAGGGCAAGCUGAACGAUGUCUUGGACCUGGCUGGAAAGUUCUGGGCUGACGUCGCGGCACUGCUGAGCACGCUCAGAGACUCACAAGAUAUUGUGAGAGAGCUCGAGGACCCUGGUGUUGACCCAUCACUCAUCAAACAACAGAUUGAAGCUGCUGAGGCCAUAAAGGCAGAGACAGAUGGCCUGAGAGAGGAACUAGAGUUUGUCAGGACCCUUGGGGCUGACCUCAUCUUUGCCUGUGGAGAAACGGAGAAACCUGAAGUGAAGAAGACCAUCGACGAGAUGAAUGCUGCCUGGGAGGGCCUGAACCGAACCUGGAGAGAGAGGAUGGAGAGACUGGAGGAGGCCAUGACAGCAUCUGUGCAGUAUCAGGAUGCACUGCAGUCUAUGUUUGACUACCUGGACAACGCAGUGAUCAAGCUGUGUGAAAUGUCAACUGUGGGAACUGACCUGGGAACUGUCAAACAGCAGAUUGAAGAACUUAAGCAAUACAAGGUGGAGGUGUACCAGCAGCAGAUUGACAUGGAGAAGCUCUGCCACCAGGGGGAGCUACUGCUCAAGAAAGUGUCAGACCAAACAGACAGGGAUAUGAUCCAGGAGCCACUGACUGAGCUCCGACAUCUUUGGGACAACCUGGGGGAUAAAAUCACCCAGAGACAGCAUAAGCUGGAGGCUGCCCUCCUGGCCCUGGGUCAGUUCCAGCAUGCUCUAUCUGAGCUGCAGGCCUGGCUGAACCACACACAUGCCACUCUGGACACACAGCGACCUGUCAGCUCUGACCCCAAGGCCAUCGAAAUUGAGCUGGCCAAACACCACGUUUUGCGUAAUGACGUGCUUUCCCAUCAUGCCACCGUGGAGACAGUGAACAGUGCUGCAGCUGAGCUGCUGGAGUCCUCUCCUGGUGAUGAGGCGAGCUACUUGAGGGACCAACUGGAUCAGCUGAACCAGAGCUGGGAGAGUCUGCUGCUAAAGACCAAGGAACGACAGAAACUACUGGAAGCUGCCCUACAACAGGCUGAAGGUUUCCAUGGUGAGCUGGAGGAGUUCCUGCAGUGGCUAAGGAGAACUGAGAGCCAGCUGUCUGCCGCCAAGCCAACAGGCGGUCUGCCUGAAACAGCCCGAGAGCAGCUACAGCAACACCUGGAGCUUCAGGCUCAGCUGACUCAGCGAGCAGAGCAGUACCACCGCCUGCUGGAUCAGGGAGAGUCCAUGCUGCUGGCUCGUGGUGGAGAGGAGGCAGGACCAGGCACCACCCAGACCCAGCAGAACCUGGCCAUGCUGCAGAACAAGUGGGCUAGCCUUAACACCAAGAUGGACGACCGCAGGGCAAAACUGGAAGAGGCUGUUACCUUGGCCACAGGUUUCCAGACCUCUCUGCAGGACACCAUCAACUGGCUGACCCAGGCUGAACAGACCUUGAACAUGGCCCAGCCCCCAAGCCUCAUACUGGACACUGUCCUUUUCCAGAUUGAUGAGCACAAGGUGUUUGUGAAUGAGGUGAACACUCACAGGGAGCAGGUCCUGGCUCUGGAGAAAGCCGGGUCUCAGCUUCGUUUUGCCAGCCUGAAGCAGGAUGUUGUUCUCAUCAAAAACCUGCUGCUCAGUGUCCAGGCCCGUUGGGACAAACUGGUCCAGAGGUCACUGGACCGCGGCCGACAUCUGGAUGAGGCCCGUAAACGUGCCAAACAGUUCCACGAGGCCUGGAGGAAGCUGACAGACUGGCUUGAAGAAGCCGAGAAAAGACUGGACUCAGAGCUAGAGAUCUCCAAUGAGCCAGAUAAGAUCAAAGUACAGCUGGCCAAACACAAGGAGUUUCAGAAAGCGCUAGGAUCGAAGCAGCCUGUUUACGACACCACUGUGAGAUCUGGGAAAGCCAUGAGGGACAAAGCUCAGCUCCCUGCAGACACCCAGAAACUGGACCACCUGGUGGGAGAAGUCCGCGACAAAUGGGACACCGUCUGUGGGAAGAGUGUCGAAAGACAACACAAGCUGGAGGAGGCUCUGCUGUUCUCAGGUCAGUUUGCAGAGGCUCUCCAGGCUCUGGUGGACUGGUUGUAUCGGGUGGAGCCCCAGCUGGCUGAAGACCAGCCCGUUCAUGGAGAUCUGGAUCUAGUGUCCAACCUCAUGGACUCACAUAAGGCUUUCCAAAAAGAGAUGGGAAAAAGAACCAGCAGUGUCCAGGCUCUGAAACGCUCAGCUCGAGACCUGAUGGAUACCGGCCGUGAUGACACAGCUUGGGUCAAAGUUCAACUUCAGGAGCUCAGUAAUCGCUGGGAUACAGUAUGCGCACUCUCGGUCACAAAGCAGACCCGCCUCCAGCAAGCUUUAAAGCAGGCGGAGGAGUUUCGUACAGCAGUGCAGGUGAUCCUGGAGUGGCUCUCUGAGGCAGAGCAGACACUUCGUUUCAGGGGCGUCCUUCCCGAAGAGGCUGAGACUCUGCAGGCACUGCUUCACACACAUCGAGACUUCAUGGCCACCGUGGAAGAGAAAAGAGCGGAUGUCAACAAGGCUGCAGGCAUGGGAGAGGGCAUCCUGACUGUGUGUCAUCCUGACUCCAUCACCACCAUCAAACACUGGAUCACCAUCAUCAGGGCGCGCUUUGAGGAGGUGCUGACCUGGGCCAAACAGCACGAGCAACGUCUGGAGACAGCUCUGACUGAGGUGCUCAACAACGCCAACCUGCUAGAAGAGCUGUUGUCAUGGUUACAGUGGGCUGAGACCACACUGGUCCAGAGAGACACAGAGCCACUUCCUCAGGACAUCCCUCAGCUCAAAACCCUCAUCUCAGAACACCAGACAUUUAUGGAGGAGAUGACGAGGAAGCAACCUGAUGUCGACAAAGUGACGAAGACUUACAAAAGAAAACCAGCUGAGGCCCCGAGCAGCCUGGCUGAGAGGAGAGGAGCUCGCAAACACCAGCAACAACAUCAGCAGCAGCAGCAGGCAGCCAUGCAGGUCUCUGGAGGAAACCCUCGACUCAACCAGCUCUGUGCACGCUGGCAGCAGGUUUGGCUGCUGGCUCUGGACCGACAGCGCAAACUCAAUGAUGCGCUUGACAGACUGGAGGAGCUCAAAGAAUUUGCCAACUUUGACUUUGAUGUAUGGAGGAAAAAAUACAUGCGCUGGAUGAACCACAAGAAGUCUCGAGUCAUGGACUUCUUCAGACGCAUCGACAAGGACCAGGAUGGAAAAAUCACCCGGCAGGAGUUCAUAGACGGCAUCCUGGCAUCGAAGUUUCCCACUAGUAAGCUGGAGAUGACAGCAGUGGCAGACAUCUUUGAUAGAGAUGGAGACGGUUACAUUGACUACUACGAGUUUGUUGCUGCCCUGCAUCCCAACAAGGACGCCUACAGACCCACAACUGAUGCGGAUAAGAUCGAAGAUGAGGUGACGCGGCAGGUGGCUCAGUGUAAAUGUGCUAAGAGGUUCCAGGUGGAGCAGAUAGGAGAGAACAAAUACCGGAGGCUCCCACUUCAAGAUCCAGUUCACUUGUGCAAUGUUAACCAAAAUAAAAAGGAAAAAGAGUUCUUCCUCGGAAACCAGUUCGGUGACUCUCAGCAGCUGCGUCUGGUGAGGAUUUUGCGCAGCACGGUGAUGGUGAGAGUCGGGGGUGGUUGGAUGGCUCUGGACGAGUUUCUGGUCAAAAAUGAUCCAUGCAGAGUGCAACAUCCAGGACUUAAGAUUCUCCGCUCCGAUUCCAGUAGCUCCAUCUCAUCUCGUAUAGCUCGCGGUCGAACCAACCUGGAGCUGAGGGAGAAGUUCAUCCUCCCUGAAGGAGCGUCUCAGGGUCUGGCUGCAUUCCGCUCCCGAGGUCGACGCUCCAAACCUGGAUCCCGAAACGCAUCGCCAACCCGCUCCUCUUCCUCUGCCUCCCACAGUGGAGCCUCGCUUCCUUCUGCACCCUCGGCCCCUGCCACACCGACAGCCUCUGCGUCAUCAAGAUCCCAUACUCACUCGCGUGACUAUGCCAAGCCCUGGCUGGCUCACAGUAAAACUCCAACGCCAACCAAGUACAACUGCUGCCCAGAUCUCGGUCACAGCCACACCACUCCUGGGCACGAGGGCGGAGCGUCAGGAUCCAAACUAAAGAGGCCGACGUUCCACUCUAGUCGAGGGUCGCUGACCGGAGAGAACGGAGGAACCACACACACCAGCAAACCAACAAGAACAGAUCCAAAGCGAGGGGGGUCCACAGCUAGCGGUCCGACCAGCCGAGCUGGCAGUCGUGCGGGCAGCAGAGCCAGCAGUCGACGUGGCAGCGAUGCCUCGGAUGCAUCUGAGCUACAGGAUGCCCGCUCUGUCUGCUCUGACGCCUCAGACACCCCACGACGCCCCGGUGGCGGGGCCAAACCCUCCAAGAUUCCAACUAUCUCUAAAAAAGCACCCAGCCCGAAGACCCCGGGGUCUACAAAGAAAUAAAGGCACCUACAAAGAAACUAGAGAUGAACCAUGACUGCUUCCCUUUAAAGAGAGCAGUAGCUUUUGUCACACCAGCUCCUCAAAGUGAAGUCCAUCCACAGGGCUCGUGUAGAAAUGUGCACUAUGACUGACAUUUUCCAGAGGAAAGAAGGAGACGGAUACACGAGCGAAUCUCCCUCUCACUCUUUCCCUGAACUCAUGAACGGACUGAAAACAUGCACAACAGGAGUAACGUUCAGGUCUGUUAGUUCAGGCCAGUCUGAGGGGUCACAAAGCGACUGUUCCCCUUUAAGAAGCGACCCCAGUUUGCCUUCAAGUCUCCUGCUUUGUCUUUAACAGCUUCCCACCAGAGAGGAAUCUCUGACUUGACGUGAUGCUGCCUUACUUUGUGUUACACUCCUCUGUCCUGAUCCGACAGAGCUACAGAAAGUCUUUGGACUGCUUUUUACCACACUGACACACAAAUACACACUUUAACACAGAGGCGGGGUAGGAGUGGGACACGCAACCACCACCACGGCUACAAAAACAAACAAAAAAAAGCUCAAAUGACAUUCAGGAAAAAAAAGAAGAAAGAAUUAUUUUGGCUUGUGGGCGAGAUGCCUCAAGGAUGAGUCUAAAAAGAAAAUAUGCAACGACUGCCAUGUCGCUUCCUCUGGACUGAAAAAGAGUCACCUCAGCAGAUCUGAAGAAGCAGAAACCGCGUAUGGAGGCGGGAAUAACGCUGUGCAGCAUGGACACUCACACCGGCUAACCUCAGACUCAGAGGAUCGGUGGUGGUGGUGACGGUGGUGCUGCAGCUGAGGGCAAAUUCUCACACUCAAACACCGCAGAGCAGACUCCCGACCGCUGGAACGUUGAGAUCAGCCUCCCGAGUGCUUUUCAGUAAAAGGCGGUGUGGUUUUGUCACAUGUUACAAUCCAACACGCAAAAAUCACAAACCGGCAAUAGAAAGGACUAUUUUUACCACGACUAACAGCACAUUACUGACAAUAUACAACAUGUGUAACCUAACCCGAUGUUCGACAACCAGCAUGCACUAAUUGUCUCUUCCUCUGCAGUUCCACCUCCGUGUCUACACUGCGUUGCCCCAGCAGCACACAAACACACUCUAACACAAAGCGGUGUGUAUUAUGUGUGUCAAUGUUACAGGAAACAAAAGAGGUCAUUGACUUGAGUCACUGUAUGCAAAAAUUUUAAUUUGCGAAUGUCAUUUUGUUUUUUUUUUCCUUGUUGUUUUCUGGUUAAUUUAUAAUCCAGUUGUACUUUUGUUAACUAGCUUGAAAGGAAAAUCUAUUUAUUUUUCAGUUUCAUGUCAUAUCACCAUCGGCGGAGAGAGAUUUAGUAUUAAGGUUAAAGACAUUGUGACUUUUUUUGUACCAAGGAAAUGUCCGCUCCGCUCUCUGACAUCAUGUGUGUAAAGUGUGUUUCUAUUUCAUGUAACAUUAUUCACUAGGUCGCUGAUUCUAGCGACAGCCUUGUUUCUUCAUUUUUCUCUUUUGCUAAUGACUACGAUUCCCAGAUCAUGACCAAAGGGGUUUGCCCUUCAUCUGUAGAGAGAACUACAAUAAUGAAUGACAGGAGACCGCAGUGGAGUGGACAAAUGAGAGCAGGUUUCCUCCCUCAUGUCCCUCCCAAGUGUCUCUUCUUCUAGGUUUUGUUUUGUUUUGUUUUUUUCAAAUGUCCCGUCGUUGAUGGGGCCGAGUCGUCUGUGUGUUAUCUCGGCGUAAGAGAUGAAGUUUAUGGAGAAACUAAUGAAAUUACAGUAAGAAAGAAGACAUCUUAAGGUGAUUUUUAUUUAUUUAUUGUCUCUCUGAGGGGAGGGGGAGUCAGGGCGCAGGAGACGAGUCCUCCACCUUUUGAUGCUGUGCUACUCUCAGUGUGAUGACGACAACAUGGAGGGAGCGAGGGGAGUUACAAGGAGUCAAUUGUGUAAAACAAAAAACUAAAAUUAUAAACAAUUUUUUGUUCUGUUUUUGUAUUAAAAUAUGCUUGCAGUAAAA